AAACAGCUGAGCGGCGGAGGGCGCAGGCGACAGAUGUGGGUGUUCCCUGAGAAUGUGUGGCGACUUCCCGGAGCAGCGGGUCUGUGAGGCAACGACGGAAGACACUGCGCUCCACAGCAUAGCAGCAGGCCCCGCCCCGUGUGGCGCCAAGUAAAAGAUAAUUCCCCAGAAGCUGUCGGCCACCGGCGCUUCGCCUCGUCCCGCGCCAGGCCCCGCCUCUCCCCCAGACCACCGGUGCCAUCCAGAUUCCCCAGGCGGGACCCCAGCUCACGAGGCCCACUGGCCGAAGCUCCCCACAGGAUAGAGAGCCGCUCCUGCGAGACCAAGCUUCCGAGAGGCGGCCUGCGCCUAGCACGCAGGCGCGGAAAGCUGGGCGCCAGCCUUAAACUGACUCCCGCCACCUGCCUCGGGCCGCGCCGUCCGCCGUUUACUUUCGAACGAGCCCAGCAAUAGUUCCCAUUGGCCGAUGCCUUGCAGUUGAAUGUUGCCUGCAGACUGCGCCUGCGCCGCGAGGCUCCGCGAGGCCCCGCCCGCACAGUCUGGUGUGCCCAGUGUGUUGGGCGGGGAGUCCUGGGGGCGUGACGAUGGAGGGAGUGGCUUGGGACCUGCACUCAUUCUCUCUUGUCCCAUACUGGAGUUUGGGGAGCCACUUUCCCGUCCCUCCACUGUGGAGCUGCGUUCCUGUGAGGGAGGAGGCCCUCUGUCGUGGCGAGGAAUAAGAAUAAAAGAUUCUGGAGGAGUUGGAGAAGAGUGUAUUCAGCCCCUAAACCACGAGAUCAACAAAAGAUGGCGUUUCACUGUGUUGCCAGGGCUGGUCUCGAAUUGCUGGGCUCAAGUGAUCCUCCCACCUUGGCCUUCCACAGUGCUGGGAUUACAGGAAAUGCACAAUUUUGAGGAAGAGUUAACUUGUCCCAUAUGUUAUAGUAUUUUUGAAGAUCCUCGUGUACUGCCAUGCUCUCAUACAUUUUGUAGAAAUUGUUUGGAAAACAUUCUUCAGGCAUCUGGUAACUUUUAUAUAUGGAGACCUUUACGAAUUCCACUCAAGUGCCCUAAUUGCAGAAGUAUUACUGAAAUUACUCCAACUGGCAUUGAAUCUUUACCUGUUAAUUUUGCACUAAGGGCUAUUAUUGAAAAGUACCAGCAAGAAGACCAUCCAGAUAUUGUUACCUGCCCUGAACAUUACAGGCAACCAUUAAAUGUUUACUGUCUAUUAGAUAAAAAAUUAGUUUGUGGUCAUUGCCUUACCAUAGGUCAACAUCAUGGUCAUCCUAUAGAUGACCUUCAAAGUGCCUAUUUGAAAGAAAAGGACACUCCUCAAAAACUGCUUGAACAGUUGACUGACACACACUGGACAGAUCUUACUCAUCUUAUUGAAAAGCUGAAAGAACAAAAAUCUCAUUCUGAGAAAAUGAUCCAAGGCGAUAAGGAAGCUGUUCUCCAGUAUUUUAAGGAGCUUAAUGAUACAUUAGAACAGAAAAAAAAAAGUUUCCUGACGGCUCUCUGUGAUGUUGGCAAUCUAAUUAAUCAAGAAUAUACUCCACAAAUUGAAAGAAUGAAGGAAAUACGAGAGCAGCAGCUUGAAUUAAUGGCACUGACAAUAUCUUUACAAGAAGAGUCUCCACUUAAAUUUCUUGAAAAAGUUGAUGAUGUACGCCAGCAUGUACAGAUCUUGAAACAAAGACCACUUCCUGAGGUUCAACCCGUUGAAAUUUAUCCUCAAGUAAGCAAACUAUUGAAAGAAGAAUGGAGCAGAACAGAAAUUGGACAAAUUAAGAACGUUCUCAUUCCCAAAAUGAAAAUUUCUCCAAAAAGGAUGUCAUGUUCCUGGCCUGAUAAGGAUGAAAAGGAAAUUGAAUUUUUAAAAAUUUUAAACAUUGUUGUAGUUACAUUAAUUUCAGUAAUACUGAUGUCGAUACUCUUUUUCAACCAACACAUCAUAACUUUAAAUGAAAUCACUUUAAUAUGGUUUUCUGAAGCCUCUCUAUCUGUUUACCAAAGUUUAUCUAACAGUCUGCAUAAGGUAAAGAAUAUACUGUGUCACAUUUUCUAUUUGUUGAAGGAAUUUGUGUGGAAAAUAGUUACCCAUUGAAAACGUCAACCUGAAUUGCUUAAAUGGGCUUAUUCUGUACAUUGCUAAACGAAAAAUGGGGUAGCAUGGAUAAAGAGCAAACUAAGCUUUAUUAGCGCUGCAACUAAUAUAAACAAA